CCUUAAGGGCAAAAAAAGGCUUGAUUAGGCCAUGACGCCCCAUCAAAAGUGGGUUAAUCUUCAACUAUUUAAACAUCUCCUACUGAUUCAUCGGAAUAUAGUUUGAUCUUUGGCUGGUAAGGUUCAGCAACUAAAUUUUCAACAUGAUCUCAAAGGUAAUACUUUUGUGUCUCGCCUCACUGGCUGCAGCUCAGUACGGACCGAGCUACGGAGCACCUGCACCUUCUUACCCAAAACCUUACGCAGCUGAAGCAUAUCCAAAACCUUAUGCACCUCAAUACGAAGAAAAGCCCCAACCAUAUGCUUUUGGAUACGACGUUAAAGAUGAGUAUGGUGCUACACAAAACCGAAAGGAAGAAAGUGAUGACUAUGGUAACAAGAAAGGAUCUUAUGGAUACACCGAUGGUUAUGGCAUUUACAGACAAGUUGAUUACGUAGCUGAUGAAAAAGGAUUUCGCGCUGUAAUCAAAACUAACGAACCUGGAACCGACAACCAAGAUUCCGCUGAUACUGAUGUUCACUCAGAUGCUGCUCCAGUCAAAUACGAAUCAGCUCCAGUCAAAUACGAAUCAGCUCCAGCAGUAUACAAACCAGCACCAGCAUACAAACCAGCACCAGCAUACAAACCAGCACCUUCCCCAUACAAGCCAGCUCCAGAAUACAAACCAGCACCCGCCCCAUACAAACCAGCACCAGCAGUUUACGCACCAGCCCCAGUUCCCUACAAACCAGCACCCGCUGUCUAUGCUCCAGAACCAUACAAACCUGCAGCUUAUGCUCCAGCUCCAGAACCAUACAAACCUGCAGUUUAUGCUCCUGAACCAGCAUACAAAGCUCCAGUUUACGCCCCUGAGCCAGCCUACCAACCAGCUCCAGUUCACUACGCUCCUGAACCCGAAUACAGGCCAGCACCUGAACCUGCAUACAAACCUUACCAACCAGAACCAAAAAUCUACCAAGAAUCUGCUCCAGCAUAUCAACCUCCUGUAUACUCAGGCCCCCCAAGUGACAGCUACGCUCCCUACUAAAAAUUUGGACUGAAAAUGUAAAAAACUUAUUUAUUUUAUUUAAAUUUCAAUGUUUUCAAUGUUUGUUAUGUUCCUCUUGACUGUAAAUUUGUAAAUGUAUCAAUGAAUGUCUCCAGUUGUUGGAAUAAAACGAUCGAAAGAA